AUGGAAAUAACAGAUAUAAUAAACUUCGCAGUAGGUGUUCUAGUAUCGAUAGGUGCCUCGAUUAUGGAUGCAGCAGGUAUAAAUCUACUUAAAUUGGAUCACGUCAAGAAUUCUAGUAAGCCAAUACAAGACCAACGUAAUGAUUGCGGUAGACCUUUAUGGCACGCUGGUUUAUACUGUUAUAUUCUUUCACAAGUUUUUGGGAGUACGAUCGCAUUAAAUUUUCUUCAACCGCAAUGGGUGGCUCCUCUUGGAUCAGUGUCCUUGAUUUUUAAUUUUAUAUUUGCCAGAGUUUUAGUUGGAACUAAAAUUACAAAACAAGAUCUUUGGGGUACUUUAGUAAUUGUAAUUAGUGUGAUAUGGGUUGUGGGUUUUGGAGGUAUUAACCAGCAAAAUAACGGUAGUGGAAUUGAAAUUUCUCGAUUGCAAAAUUGGGUUGGUAUGACAAUGGCUGGAGUUGGCGGUUUACUUGCUAGUCAAACUUUACUUUUGGCUAAAAGCGGCGUCAAAUUAGUUUCUUCGUCCAUCUCUGAACAUGAGAGUCAAUUUACCGAUAAAUUAAGUUGGUUUAUUCUCUUAUUCCUAAUGUUUACGGCAAUAUUCCAGGUUUUUUGUCUUAAUACCGCUUUGAAAUUACUCGAUACAGUAUUGGUGGUCCCCAUGUUUUAUGGGUUUUAUACUACAAUGGGUCUUGUCAACACAAUGAUUUAUCUUGAUGAAUUAAGUGAGUAUCCUGCUUGGGCACUUUGCCUAAUUGCUGUCGGAAUUGCUGCUUUAGUAUAUGACAGUAAAGGAUCGAAAAAACAUAAAAAGAAACCAUCUGAAUCUGAAGAUGUGUUUGCUAAUUUUGACCAAUGGCUUGCAAGUUGGCGAAAAUGGUUUGCAAGUUGGCGAACUAGAUUUAGCAGAAAUAAGAAUGUUGAU